GCGUUUGUUGUUUGGGGUGGAAGGACUUUACACAGAGAGCAUCCACACACAUGGCACAGCUGCCGCUUGUGUUGUCGCUUGGUGGUGUGCUGCGCACUGCGAGUGUUGUUGGCAGGAUGCGGCAGCAGCAGGCUGUCGUGUGGCCGCGAGAAGGCCGGUGGUCGUUCUUGUCGUCCUUUCAGCUGCGCUGGAUGAGUGCAGACAAGGGCAGCAAGCAGCGGAGCGGCGGCGACUACCUGUUUUACGGUCCCAUUCCACAAGAAGCACUCACAGCCACCUAUUCAAGGAGUGGCGGUGCUGGAGGCCAGCAUGUAAACAAAGUGAGCACAAAGGUGACACUACGCUUCAACGUCGACGAGGCUUACUGGCUAACGGAAGAAGCCAAAGCAGCCAUCAAGACGAACUUAUCAACGCGCAUGAAUAAGCAAGGUGAACUCGUCGUGCAGUGUCAGGACACACGAUCACAAAACCGGAACUACGAUCUGGCUGUUCAACGCAUGACCGAGAUGUGCGUGGAAGCGACCAAACAGGACAAGGAAGCAUCAGCCCAACAGCAGGCCAAAGUGAAAAAACUGAAGCGCCAGUUUAACGAGAGGCGACUGAAGGAAAAGAAGAAACAGAGCCAGAAGAAGGCCGAUCGCAAAGGAUCGCUCGACUUUUAACGAAGCGGCACUGCACUCACAGUGGUGGCGUGAACAACCAAGCAAACGCACAGCAGGCAACGCACUUCAUCGCGAACAUGUGCGAGUGCGCUGGCCUGCCGUGGUUUCGAAUGUAAUGAACUGAACAGGAUGUUUCGUGUUUGAAGCAGACAGGCCGACGUGGCGGCUAUCCAAAGUUGUGUGUGUGUGUGUGUGUGUGUGUGUGUGUGUGUGCGCGUAUGUGUAUGUGGGGGGGGGG